AAAAACUUGUUUUCAAAAAAGUGCUUUAAAACCCUUGUGAUCCUCUAAUUCAGCGCAUUUUCCAGUAGAGUCUGUUGUGAGAUCUCUGGUCGAGAGGAUGACGGCUCGACUGUGCUGCUCGUUGAUUGUUUUUUUGUGUUCCUCUGUAUGCUGGAGCGUAAGAGUCCCCGAAGAACGAGUAGACUCUGAAGAACCAGUCGCAGAAAUCAGACCUGUUGGUUUAGUUCCACCACUACCAGCAAAGCCAGGAGUGUGUCCUAAAAACUACCUUGAAGUAGCAACGUCUAGAACGUGUAGAGAGUCAUGUGCCCAUGACAGUGACUGUCCGAACACUGAGAAAUGCUGCAGCAAUGGAUGUGGACAGCAGUGUAUGCCUCCAUAUACAGGAAAGCCAGGAGUGUGUCCAAGCAAAAAACAUGGAGAAGUGGGAUUGUGUGUCGAGAUGUGUUCUGAUGAUAGUGGCUGUCCGAAUGAUGAGAAAUGCUGCAGCAAUGGAUGUGGACAUCAGUGCAUGCCUCCAUAUAAAGAGCAACCAAAGCCAGGAGUGUGUCCAAGCAAAACCCUGGGACAAAAAGUGUGUGCAGAGUCAUGUGUGAAGGACGGUGACUGUCCGAAUGAUGAUAAAUGCUGCAGCAAUGGAUGUGGUCAUCAGUGUAUGCCUCCAUAUAAAGCAAAGCCAGGAGUGUGUCGAAGCAAAAUCCUUGAACGAGGAGUGUGUGCUGAGAUGUGUGUUGAUGACAGUGACUGUCUGAACGAUGAGAAAUGCUGCAGCAAUGGAUGUGGACAUCAGUGUAUGCCUCCGUAUACAGAGAAACCAAAGCCCGGAGUGUGUCCAAACAAACUUGGAGUAGGAGCGUGUGUGGAGUCGUGUUCCUAUGACAGCGACUGUCUGAAAGAUGAGAAAUGCUGCAGAAAUGGAUGUGGUGGACAUCAGUGUACAGCUCCAUAUACAGACCUGAUGGAAGAGAAUGAGGAGAGAGAAGAAGAACUGAGUGAAGUGGAGGAGAAACAUCAUGAUGUCAAAACUAAAGAAAAAUCUUUGAGUUGCUUACAGGCGGAAAGUAAAGUUGAGCUGACAAGAGCCAACAAAAAUUUCAUCUGCUCUCAGUGUGGAAAAAAUUUCCCAUACAAAAAAAGUCUUAAAGAUCACAUGACAAUUCAUACUGGAGAGAAGCCUUUCACAUGUGAUCAGUGUGGGAAGAGUUUCUCACUAAAAAGAAACUUUAAUGUACACAUGAAGAUCCACACUGGAGAGAAGCCGUACACAUGUGAUCAGUGCGGGAAGAGUUUCACACAAAAAGAAACCCUUAAGAGGCACAUGAAAAUCCACACUGGAGAGAAGCCACACACAUGUGAUCAGUGUGGGAAGAGUUUCACACGAAAAGAAACCCUUAAUGAUCACAUGAAAAUCCACACUGGAGAGCUGCUGCACACAUGUGAUUAUUGCGGCAAGAGUUUUGCACAAGUAAUCGGUCUUAAAUCACAUCUGCGUUGUCAUUCUGGAAUAAGACACAGCUGUGAUCAGUGUGGUAAACAAUUCCUUUGGGCAGAAUCCCUGAAGCAGCACCUGAAGGUCCACACAAAGGAGAAGCCUUACAUGUGUUCUUUGUGUGGAAAGAGUUUUACACGACUGCAUAGUUUGAAAAUACACAAGAAAAGACACAGUGGUGUGAAGAAUCAUGUGUGCUUUGAUUGUGGGAAAACAUUUUUUACAGAUGGUGAAGUGAAUCGGCACCAGAGAAUUCACACUGGAGAAAAACCUUACAAGUGUUCACACUGUGACAAGAGGUUUAGUCAGCUAGACACUGUGAAAACACAUGAGAUGAUCCACACUGGAGAGAAACCACACACAUGUGAUCAGUGUGGGAAGAGUUUUACUCUAAAAAAACAGCUUAAGAAACACAUGAAAAUCCACACCGGAGAGAAGCCUCACAUGUGUUCUUCGUGUGGAAAAAGUUUUACAUGGCUACACUCUUUAAAAGUACACCAGAAAAUACAUACCGGUGUGAAAGCAGUGUGCAAAGACAUUUGCUACGAAUGACAAGUGUCUCCAGAGAAUUUACAAAAGCCUUUUAAAGGGAUAGUUCACCCAAAAAUGAAAAUUUGAUGUUUCUCUGCUUACCCCCAGCGCAUC